AUGGGCCAUGGGAUGGUGCGGUUCUUUGCUGGCCAUUUCCUUGCUUCCAACAGGACACAGAGCAUGUCAGCUGUGAUGGCCUCUUCCAUGCCUAACAAAGAGGAAGCUGCUAAGACCUCCCUGGAGGUGAAAGAAGAGGAGCAGCAGGCUGCAGUAAAUCAGGUAGCUAACCUGACCCUGACCCUGGCUGGCUCAGCCUGUGACAUGGUUUCUGCAGCAUAUGCCUCCACCAAGCAGAGCCACCCCUACAUCCAAUCCAUGUGUGAUGCAGCAGAGAAGGGAGUGAAGAGCAUGAGCCACAUGAGUGGAGCCACAACCAGCUGUGUGCAGCCACUGCUGACUUCCCUGGAGCCUCAUGUUGCUGCAGCAAGUGAGUAUGCCUCCAAGGGCUUGGGAAAACUAGGAGAGAAGCUCCCACUCCUGCAGAAACCAGUGGACCAGAUCAUCUCUGACACAAAGGAGCUGGUGUCAGCCAGAGUGGCUGAUGCAAAGGAUGUUGUGAGCAGCAAAGUGGCAGAGGUGAUGGAUGUGGCUAAGGAGACUCUGCAGAGCAGUGUGGAGGCUGCCAGGUCUGCAGUGAGCAGUGUGGGGAUGGUUACGGACUCCAGAGUGGGUCAGAUGGCUGGAAGUGAAGCAGAAGCUGUGGUGGAGAGGACAGAAGAUGACUCUCUACCCAUUGGAAAUAAGGAGCUAGCCAAAUUGGCAGCAUCUGAGGAGGAUGUGGGCAUCAUGUCUGUGGAGCAGCAGAGGGAAAAGAGGAGGUACUUUGUGAGGCUGGGAUCCCUCUCUGAUGAACUUCGCCUCUUUGCCUACCUGCACUCCACAGACAGAAUGAAGAGGGUCUGGCAGGGCAUGCAGGAGCCCCUUGCACAGCUCCACUGCAUCUUUGAGCUGAUUGAGGUGUUUAAACAAGGAUUUAACCAAAAGCUUCAGGAAGGGCAGGAGAAGCUACACCAGAUGUGGCUGGACUGGAGUAGGAAGUGUUCUAAAGAGAGAGGAGAUGAAAGCUCUGCAGAGCCAGAGGAGAUGGAGUCUCUGGCCCUGCUCAUGGCAUGCAGUAUCACACAGCAGCUCCAAGUCACCUGCCAUAAAAUAGUGUCUGCUAUCCAAGGUCUGCCCUCGAGCCUCCAAGAUAAAGCCAAGCAGUCUCUCAGUGCCAUAGAGGAACUUCAUGCCUCCUUCUCAGCAGCAAGCUCCUUCCAGGACUUGUCCAGCAGUGUCCUGACCCAGGGCCAGAAGCAGCUGGCUGUGAUCCAGGGGUGCACGGAGGAGCUGCUGGAUUAUCUGCAGAACAACACCCCUCUGUCCUGGCUGGUGGGACCCUUCUGCCCUGGGAAGGAGGAGGUGGAAACCUCACAGGAAGAGGAGGAAGCCUUGCAGGAGAAAGGAGCAAAGACAGCAGGAGCAGGGAGGCAUGAAGCUUCCACCACCCUGAGGUAA